AUGCGUGAGGUAAUAAAAGAAAUACUUCCAGAAUCCACACAUCGAUUAUGUGCUUGGCAUCUAAGCACAAAUGCAUCUAGGGCUGCUAAUGAUCUUGGAUUCACAAAAGCAUUCAAUAAUUUGAUGUACUCAUACUACAACGAGGAGGUGUUUGAGAACAAAUGGAAAGAGUUGAUGGAGACAUAUCAAAUGGAAGACAACGAAUGGUGCCAACUCCAAUACAGAAGAAAGAGAAUGUGGGCAGAAACCUACCUCCAUGGGCAGUUUGUUGCUGGAAUGAGAACAACACAGCUCUGCGAGUUAAUGAAUUUCUGCCUUAAAAAAUUCCUUUUGAAGAGAUACACCCUACGUGAGUUCGUUACGGCCAUUGACAUCGCAGUGACAAAAAUACGGCACAUCGAAAGAGAAAAUGACUUUACAACGAAGCACAUGCUCCCCAAUCUUUUAUCCUCAGAUGCUCUAAGUAUUUAUUAUGAUCAGUGUGCAAAAUUCUACACCCGAGAAAUGUACUACAAAGUGGAGUCGGAAAUCAAAAGAGAAAAUGCGUAUUUCAUCAACAACUAUGAAGAUCAUGAAAAUCACACUAUCUUCAAUGUUGGAAAUUAUCGAGACGGUCAAACAAGAUAUAAGGUCACUCGUACUCUUGGAACAAACCAUUUCGAAUGCAGUUGCUUAUUCUACGAUACUAAUGGUUGCCCAUGUAGACAUAUUUGGGCAAUGAUGAAGUCCUAUUGCGUAAGAAUAAUCCCAAAUUCACUGCUCCUCAAACGGUGGAGCUUGCAUGCAAAAUCCCAUCCGGAAAACAUGGAGAUAAGCCAACCUAUUCAAGAAGAGUCUGUGCAUUGCGAAAUGUCAAGAUUCGAUGCACUUAAUUCAGAUGCUACCAUGAUGAACUUCUACGCGUCUAAGUCACCACAAUAUUAUAACACAGCAAAGGAGGAAAUUGCUCGUCUCACUGCCAUUUUCAAGGAAGGUAUGGACAUCCAAGGAGUAUCACAGGGCGCAUCCACGAGGAGAUCGUACCGAGAAAAUCCUAACAUAAUGCAAGACCCAGUUAGAGUCAAGACAAAAGGUCAGGGAAAUCCAGGGCAGCGAAGGGACAACGGGCAUGAGAUUUCAACAGACAGAUCAGGUUUCAGACAAAGGGCAUGUGGAGCAUGUGGUGCCCUUGGUCACAACAGUCGAACAUGUCCCAAUCGUGGCCGCACAACUGGAAUAGGAAGAGGGGCAAGCACAAGUAGUGUUAGUAUCGAUCGGUACACAGAAUCGGGGAAUGAAAACGCGGGAGGUGAAAGUGACAUGCCUUAUUCAACGCAGGAGUCUUUUGGGAAUAAUUAUGAUAAUCAUGUGUAA